UGUGCGGAUUUCAGUUGCCGUUCAACAGUCGCGAAUUCCGAACGUACCGCGCGGCAGCCACAGUUUCUGCUACGACGUGGCGCGCAAAUUCAAAUAAAACUCAAGUGAUUCGAAUGUAAAGCGAGUAAACAGUGAAUAUUCGGCCAACUAAAGUACAUAAGGAGAAGUGUGUAAAAGAACAAGUGCACAUAUAAAAUAAUAAUAAAAAAAGGCCACUAAAUAAAACUUGAACAGGGGCUGAUUUGUUAUCGCCGGUUGCAGUGCGUGCCGCUUAAAAGCCAAUUUAAGUGGCAGGCAUUUAAUCAAGCCUCAACUCGAGUUGAGACCGCGGCGCAGCUUUGUCACUGAGGAGGCGACGCCGCGGCGUCCUUGGCAUGCCUCUGUGUGUGCUGCUGCUGCCACCCAGUUGGCGCCCCUCAAGCAGCAUCCAACAUUGUUAGUAGCUGUUGCCGUUGGGGCAUUGUUGUGCCCGUGCCCGUGCCCGUUACCAGCUCCCAAACGCGCACAUUCACAAAAUUCCCAGUGAAAACAUAGCCAUAAAUUAACAACUAAUUCAAUUAACUGCUGACAGCGUCAACGAGCUGCUCCGGCUGCAGUCAGGACGCGGCACCAGGAGCCACCACCACCUGGCCCAGUCUCAGCGCGCUUUCCACAUUCCGCACUGUUUUCGUUGAAUACAGCAGCCGCGCCAUGGCUGAGCAGACCACCAACAGCAGCAGCAGCAGCAGCAGCAGCGGCAGCGGCAGCGGCAGCGGCAGCUUGCAUAUUGCCGCCGAAAGUGGACCCGAUUUUGAUGCACUUCGCGCCGCGUGCAACGCGCGUUUGAACUGCAGCCACCAGCUGACAGGUAAACGUACAUGCCGCAUGCCGCAUGCCACAGUCUACAAUUCGCUUAUAAACUCGCCUCGCCUCGCCUCUUUAGGUUCCUUCUGUGCUGGCACUUUUGAUGGCUGGCUCUGUUGGCCCGACACGGCCGCCGGCACUUCCGCCUAUGAGCUGUGCCCGGACUUCAUCACCGGCUUUGAUCCGGCGCGCUAUGCGCACAAGGAGUGCGGCGAGGAUGGGGAAUGGUUUAAGCAUCCGCUGACCAAUAAAACCUGGUCGAAUUACACCACCUGCGUGAAUCUGGACGAUUUGGCGCGUAAUCACAACGUGAGCCUGAUCUACGAGGUGGGCUACAGCAUCUCGCUGCUGGCCAUACUCCUGUCGCUGGCCAUCUUGAGCUAUUUCAAAUCUUUGAAAUGCGCCCGCAUCACGCUGCACAUGAAUCUGUUCAGUUCAUUUGCGGCAAACAGUUCGCUGUGGCUCAUUUGGUAUAUGGUGGUGGUGCCCAACACGGAGCUGGUGCAGCUCAGCCCGGGCUAUUGCGUGGCAUUGCACAUAAUACUGCACUAUUUUCUGCUGACCAACUAUUCGUGGAUGCUGUGCGAGGGCUUCUAUUUGCACACGGUGCUGGUUGCGGCGUUUAUAUCGGAGAAAAAGCUGGUCAAAUGGUUGAUUGCCUUCGGCUGGUGUUCGCCGGCCAUUGUGAUUUGCAUCUAUGGACUGGCGCGUGGAUUCACUGGGAGUCGGGAGCAGAAUCUGCACUGCUGGAUGACCGACACGGACUUCAACUACAUUCUGAUAGUGCCCGUCUGCAUUUCAAUCUUUCUCAAUUUACUGUUCCUCUGCAAUAUUGUGCGCGUCGUUCUGCUCAAGCUGAACGCCCCGGCGAGCAUUCAGGGCAGCUGCGGACCCUCACGCACCGUUCUGCAGGCAUUUCGGGCUACGCUGCUGCUGGUGCCCCUGCUCGGCCUCCAGUAUAUGUUAACGCCGUUUCGUCCUGGCCAGGAGCAUCCCUUGGAGUAUACAUACCAAGUCAUCUCGGCAUUUACGGCCUCAUUUCAAGGCUUGUGCGUGGCCACAUUGUUCUGCUUCUUCAAUGGCGAGGUGAUUGCCCAAGUGAAGCGCAAAUGGCGCACAGUCUGCUUCAGCAAUCGACCCAGGACCAACUCCUAUACAGCCACUCAGGUCUCGUUCGUGCGCUGCGGUCCGCCAGUGCCUGGCGAGGAGAAGGUAUGACUAAAGGACUUGUCGGCAUCGGCCAAGCGACGCGCCUCCUCAGCGCCCCAUCGCCCACAGCAGCAGCAACAACAACAACAACAGCAGCAGCAACAGUUGCUGGCGCAGCAGCAACAGCAGCGGGCGAGAAGCCAGAGCCUGGGCAUGACAGGCGCCACAAGCAGCUCGUCCCGCCUUAUCGAUGGCUGGCGCCAUAAGCUGCGCUUGCUGCGGCGCCCGAGCGUGGACAAUGCGCAUCAGCGGCAGCCGCUUAUGGAGGAAACAGCUGGCAAUUCGCAGCUGCAAAUGGCAGCCGAUACGCAAGCGGAGGCGGACAAGCCGACGCUGAUGACGACAAUAGCAGAAGAUGUCGCCGAAGCAGCAACAACAACUGCAACUGCAACAACAACAACAACAAACAACGCAACUGAACAGCGAAAUGGCACUGGCAUGGGUUUAGGAUUAGUUACGAGAUCGGGCUUAGGCCUCGCACCCGGCGUAGGUGUUGUCAUUGUCAGCGUCGAUGCGAAUGGCCAACAGCAUAUUGCCGACGAGGCGCUUUAAACAACACACACACACACACACACAUACAGACACAAAUCGAGUCACAAAACUCUGCUACGAAUUCUCAUAGUCUAAGCCAAUUUUAAGCAUGCUACCCGCCCAAAUAGAUAACCAUACUUGAAACUAGAAACCAAAACAAAUGAAAAUGCACCCCACCUAAAAAAAAAAAACAAAAAAUAUAAAUAGUCGCCCGCCCUUCGGACCGAUAAACAAUGUUAAGCUAUAGCAAAUAUCAAUGCAAAGUUGCUUAAAUAAAGGAAAUAAAAACUUACGCUCAACUUUUGUGCAGUUAAAGUCAUAAAAUCAAAAUAUAACUGUGCAAUGUGUGUGCAGCUAAGUGUUGGACAACGUUUAAAAAUAUAAUC